AUGGUUUCUGAAUUCCGGAAAAAGAAAUAUCUUGAGGUGUUCAACACUUUUGACACCGAUGGUAGUGGAACGAUUGAGAAGAAAGACUUCGAGAUGUCAGCAGAGAUGCUGGCAAAAUGUAUGAGCGGGAAGGUUGAUGAAGCGAAACACAAAGAAUACCUUAACACGGUGCUGAAAAUCUGGGACGGAAUACAAAGCCAAGCUGACUCGAACAAGGAUGGAAAAGUAUCUGCUGACGAAUGGGUUGCAUUAUGGGACGCUUAUGCAAAGAAUCCAUCAAGUGCACAUGAUUGGCAGAAAUUGUAUUGCAAAUUCUCAUUCCAACUUCUAGAUACUGGAAAUGAUGGCUCAAUUAAUAGUGAAGAGUUCGUUAAAGCAUACGAAGCUUGGGGUGUGAAUAAAAAUGACGCUGCUGAUACAUUCCAAAAACUGUCAAAAGGUAAGGGCAGCAUUUCUUGGGCAGAUUUCCAGGAGCUAUGGGAGGAGUACUUCACAACUGAAGAUGCCAAUGCACCAGCCAACAUGCUUUUCUGCACAUCAUAA